UUUCGAGAUGGACGACAGGGCGGCCUCUUCCACGACUCAGAAUGGGAUGAAACCCAUGAUGAAGAGCUGCCUCUCCUCUCUGGGACAUGGAUGUCAGAGCCCGGCGCCCAUAAAUUCAACACCAAAGGGUAGAAACGUACAAGAGAGCUGAUGAUCCCCAUCUCCUCACCACCUGCAGUCCCCAGUACAACAGCCCAGGUCCAACAGCCUCCAUACUCCCUGUGAGCCCAGAGAUAUCUGAACUGAUGGAGCCUUUCAGAAGAGGCCUUCAAUAACUGCAGCUCAUCUUGACACCCUAAUCAAUUACCAGAUAAAAAGUGCAGUCUGCGUAAAGAAGUGUGAAAGAAAUCAAGAUGGCAGACGGCCCUGGAUCCAGUCCCAGUCUCAACAUCCCUUCCAAGAGGCCCAAAGUCACCAAGGUCCAUGUUGUUCCAGACGCCGGGGCCGCAACGCAGGAACCCACGCCACCAGUUUUCACCCGGAAACUCCGCAAGGCAGCUGUAGGAACAGGCUGUGAUAUCCGACUGAGGGUGUCGCUGGCAGGAUUUCCAAAACCUUCGCUGACCUGGUACCACAACGAGGAGCUUCUUCCUCCGUCAGAGGCCCAGGACUCAGGGGGACUGUGGAUACGGGACUGCCGCACAAGCGACGCUGGCUUGUAUACCUGUGUGGCGACCAAUGAGCUGGGAGAGGCAAGCUGCAGUGCUGUCUUGGCCAUUAUGGACCUUGGUGAAGACUCUGAGACCACAGAGGAUGAGACCACAGAACCUCAGAUGGAAACCAAAGGAGGGCCCGGGAGGCACCAAGACAAGGCCGGAGGGAGAGGACCUUCAGGUGAGGGAGGACGGCUGAUGGACUACAACCCAGAUGUUUCAGAUCGCAGGGCCACCCUCCCUGGUGCCUACGACCCUGUGGUGGAGCGAGAGCUCCGCACUUUGGGCUCCCGCCCUCCGGGGCCCCACUUGGACCCCACAAACCCAGCCAGGACUCAAACUGCUGACGAAUCACAGGGGCUCUCCUCCCGUGUCCCCCUGUCUUCUCCCCAGCCACCUCCCACUACACACAAAAACAGCAUCAGUACCCAAAACCAAGACCUGGAUAAAACCAAACCUUCAGAUUCCUGCUCUUCUAAAGCGGAACAGUCGGCUAAUGUUAACAGUAUUACUAUGACACCCAAACUGGCUCGUGCAGGGCCCAAGAUCUUUGACAAGGUCCGCGCUUUUGAGGAACGAAGGGCGAGUGUGGAUCUGCCAGGAGGAGUCGGGCCGGUUUCAGGGUUCGGACGGGCAGCUUCCUUCGACUCGGACGACAGCGGAAAGAAGACAGGAGGCCCCAGCAAAGAGGAGGGCCGAAUCCUGCAUGGCGCAGCUCAGAAGCGAGCAGUGUUCAAGCAACGGGCCUCUUCUUUAGAGGACAAGACGAGCUACUCCCAGAGGGUCCAGAGCUACCAGAGCAAGUUCACCGAAGAGCUCCAGAGGAUCAAGAAACUUGUGGGGAAACCGAGCUUGAAGAAGGCAUAUUCCACUGAGCAGCUGUCACAGAAAGAGAGGCUGACCACUGGAAAACUAGAGCCCAUUCCUCCCCAAGUGGUUAAAAAGUUGGAGGCGAGGGAGCGAGCCUUGGAGGAAAGAAAAGUUGGAGGGAGGGAGGGGGACAGCAGACUGCAGAUUUCUCCCCAGGCCCCAGGCAGAGAUCUGGGCAAUCAAAGUAACAACCCUGUGAAAGAUAAGAUGACACAGCCAGAUUCACAGGGGAAAGCAGUGGACAGCUCAUCGCAGGGAAGCACAGGGAAAAGCUCUGUUACCAUGGCGACGGCACCAGUUCACCAGUUACCAAGGCAACCGUUGCCAACAGCCACAAGGACAAGCCUGACCAGGGAAAAACUACAAAGCUCUCCAGCCGCUGACAAAGACUCACUUGUUGCCACGUCCCACAAAUCCUCAUCAUCAAGAGACCUGGAGACGGACUCAAAGAGAGACACCAAGAUGGACAACAAGACAGACCACAGAUCCCACAGUCCCAACGGAAAGAGAGCAUCCCAAGUCACUGUGAGGGAACCAGGGUCCCAAUAUCCACCCAAGCCCCCUCGGCUCACCCCAUCACCCACUCCUUCCAUCAGCCCCCUCCUGAAAAGGAGGAAGGCGGAGGUGGGGCGGGCGUCUCCGGCCUUGAAAAUGAACAUCCCCACUAUCCUGGUGGAGGAUGAACCCAUGGAGACGGAAUGUGUUGCAGACAGGAGCAACGAGGAAAGCAGGACCAGGAGGAAGGAGGGGAGAGCACGUAAGAGCAGGAGGGGUCGUUCUGCUCACCCCCGGUCUCCAGAGGAAGGGGGCUCAUCCGAUGACUCUUACCUGUCCGCUGACGAGGAGCCAGCUGAGGGCCCGAGGUUUGAGAGGCCUAUUGAGGACACCACGGCACCCAGCGGCUCGGAGGUCACACUGAAAUGUAACAUCACUGGUAGCCCACCCCCCACAGUGACAUGGAGGAAGAAUAAUGUGGAGAUACGGAGCGAUGCCUUCCAUGUGGUGAAGGCUGAGGGUGAGAGGCACAGUCUGUUGAUAAAGCAGAUGAGGCCGACCAGCGCCGGCUCGUACUGCGUCACAGCUGUCAACGCAACGGGCAGAGCGUCCUGCAGCGCCACGCUCUACAUCCAGUCAGAGCCGACCCACAUGCAGUUUCGAAAACCAGCUGUUUCCCAGGAAGUCAGUCAUCAGGCCCAGUCAGAUGAGGAGUAUCUGAGCCCUCAGGAGGAGGUGAUGGAGGUCGGGGGCCCGCCUGCUCCGAGCAAAAGCGUCCACUUCAAAGAGCUUCCAUCGUUUCAGGUGGCACCAUGUGACCAGGGGAUAACUGAGUGUCAAGAUGUCAUCAUCUCAGCGAAGGUCAGAGGGCAGCCCAAACCCAUGGUUUACUGGUUGAAGGACAGAGUCACCGUAAAGACGGCGGGGCGCUUCGCUGUGCAGGAGACGGAUGAUGGCACCACAGAAAUGAGAAUCAGCUCAGCUCAGAGGUCGGACGCCGGGCUUUACGUCUGCAAGAUCGUGAACAAGUAUGGCACCGAGCAGGCGGAGUGCAGAGUGGAGGUCGUAUCGCCUGCAGCACAAACACUGAAAAUCACCAGGGAGGUGAAAGACGUGGCAGUGAGGGCCGGAGAGUCGGCCAUGUUCGAGUGCUUCAUUACAGGGCCGCCAAAUGUGGAUGUGGACUGGCUGUCCGAUGGGAAGCUGAUCCAACCGGCACUCCUCAACUGUAAGAUGCACUUUGAUGGAAAGAGGUGCCGCCUGCUGCUCAAUUCAGUACAUGAGGAUGAUAGUGGGACAUACAUUUGCAAGCUAAGCACUGCCAAAGAGGAGUUGACCUCGAGCGCUAACCUGUGGGUCACUCCGUCCAAGGAGCCUCUGUUCACCCGUAAACUGGACAUCCUGGAGGUCAUUGAAGGUCGCACCGCCCGGUUUGACUGUAAGGUGAGCGGGUCACCUGCUCCACGAGUCACAUGGAUGCAUUUUGAGACACGAGUGGAGGAGAGCGAUAACGUUCGCAUCCUUCAAGAGGGGGGUCGUCACUCGCUUGUCAUCACCCACGUCAGCAGCAGCACAGAGGGCUUCUACACAGCAAUCGCUCAAAAUGUUCACGGAAAGUCUGAAUGUACCGCUGAGCUCUACAUGCAAGAACCCCGAGCUGCCAUCUCCUCUCACAUGGCCAAGCUGGAGAAGAUGCCAUCCAUCCCCGAGGAGCCUGAAAUGCUGGAGAGUGAGGUGGAGAGGAGGACCAUGCCGGACUUCAUCAAGCCUCUGGCUGAUGUGGAGGUCAUUGAAGGGAAAGAGGCGAUGCUGAAGUGCAAGGUGGCAGGCCUGCCCUACCCGACCAUGGCCUGGUACCACAACGGCAAGCGCAUUGAGAGCAGUGAAGAACGCAAAAUGACCCAGUACAGGGAUGUCCACAGUUUGGUCAUUCGCAGCACCUGUCACGCUCAUGGGGGCGUCUACAAGGCCGUCAUCUCCAACAAAGUGGGCAAAGCAGCCUGCUAUGCACAUUUAUAUGUUACAGAUAUAGUCCCUGACCCUCCCGAUGGCCCUCCAGUGAUAGAAGCCAUUACAGGCAAAACUAUCAGCCUCAGCUGGAAGAGACCAAAGAGGCUUGACCCCUCAUUUGAUGCCGGCUCCCUGCUGUAUGUGGUCCAGCAGCAGCCUCUGGGCUCUAUCCAGUGGUCUGUUGUGGCCUCUAACCUGAGGGAGACCAACUACACCGUCACCUCCCUGUCCAAGGGAGUGCGCUAUGCUUUCAGAGUCCUGGCAUCCACCGGCAAGACACUGAGCAAGCCGUCACCCUCCACUGACCUGAUUCAGCUGCUGGACAGAGGACCCUAUUUGAGAAAAGCACCGGUCAUUUUGGACAAACCAGACAUCUUGUAUGUCGUUGAGAAUCAACCUGCGAGCAUCACGAUCACGCUAAACCAUGUGCAUGCGGUUAUCACCUGGAAAAGGAGGGGGGUGGCGCUGGUCAACAGACCGGGGACGUGCGAGAUGAGCAUGCCAGAUGACGAUCAGCACACGCUGAAGCUCCAGCGACUCAGGAGCACAGACAUCGGCCAGUUGGUGGUCACAGCCAACAACCAGUUUGGCAGUGACCUCUGCACGCUUCAGCUGGCCAUGGCGGUGCCUCCUAAGUUUGAAACCAUCAUGGAGGAUGUGGACGUGCACGUCGGGGAGACGUCCCGUCUGGCUGUUGUGGUUGAAGGGAAACCAGACCCAGAUAUUCUGUGGUAUAAGGAUGAUGAGCUUCUCUCUGAAAGCAGCCACUUCACGUUUGUGUACGACGACCCAGAAUAUUUCCUCGUUGUCCUCAAUGCCCGCCCCGAACACUCCGGUGUGUACACCUGCACCGCCAAGAACCUGGCCGGCUCCAACUCCUGCAAGGCCGAACUCACAGUUCACACAGAGCGAAAGGAAGCUGAAGAGCCAAUGGAGGAUGAGGGAACCAUCCUGAGGAAGAUGAGGCGUUUGACGGAUUACUAUGAUAUCCACAAAGAGAUAGGGAGGGGCGCCUUCUCCUAUGUGAAGAGAGUGAAGGAGAAGAAGGGAAAGGCUGAGUUCGCUGCCAAGUUCAUUUCUGCACGAGGAAAGAGGAAAGCCUUGGCCCUUAGAGAGAUGGAGCUGCUGUCUGAGCUGGACAACGAGAGGAUUCUCUACUUCCAUGACGCCUUUGAGAAGAAGGACGUGGUGGUGCUCAUCACAGAGUUAUGUCACGAGGAGUUUCUGGAAAGAAUGGCCAAAAAAACAACAGUCAUGGAGCUGGAGAUCCGUUGUAGUGUUCAGCAGCUUUUGGAGGGUCUUCGUUAUCUUCACCAAAAAAACAUUGCCCACCUUGAUAUAAAGCCAGAAAAUAUUCUAAUGGCAAGUCCCGGGAGUGACCAGAUCCGCAUUUGUGACUUUGGAAAUGCCAUAAAAUUGGAGACUUCAGAGGGGUACUACUGCAAAUACGGCACGCCAGAAUAUGUUGCUCCAGAGAUUGUUAAUCAAACUCCCGUCUCCACGGCAACAGACAUAUGGCCUGUUGGUGUCAUCACUUACCUCUGUCUGACUGGUGUGUCUCCUUUUGCCGGGGAGAACGACAGAGCCACCGCGUUAAACAUCCGCAACUACAACGUGGCGUUUGAGGAGAGCAUGUUUUCUGACCUCUGCAAAGAAGCAAAGGGAUUUGUCAUCAAACUUCUGGUGGUGGACAGACUGAGGCCCAGUGCCAUUGAGUGCCUUCGUCAUCCUUGGUUCAAGUCGCCAACGAACAAGAGCAUCAGCACAGCUUUGCUAAAACAAGUCUUGUCUAGAAGGCGGUGGCAGCGUUCCCUUAUCAGCUACAAAGCCAAGAUGAUUAUGCGGUCUAUCCCAGAGCUCCUGAAUGACUCAUACAGCCACGUCUCCAUAGCUGUGGCCCGGCAUUUAAAAGACGGCUCCCCACAGCUUUCCUCCUCCUCUGACUCAGAUGCAGAUGUGGAUGAGCUUCCCUUCAUUCCCAUGCCACUGUCCAUGGUCUUUUCUGGUUCAAGGGUCUCCCUUAACGAGAUCCCAGGUGACGAAGAUGUCACUGGAUGGCCCAGUGUGCUUGCAGACGGGACAAAGAAAAAUAUUGAGUUAGCAAGUGCAAGAGGGGCUGGUAAAGGGUUGAAAGAUGAAGAGGAAGCCCCAAAUGGAGAAAAAGUGGAAAAGACAAAACGAGUUCCCCUUAAAAAAGGAUCAAGUCUGGAGUCUGACGAAUCAGAUACAAGAGCGAGGAGGGCGACCAUGAGGAGAGGAAGCUCUGCUGAUUCAGCACUGCUUCUCCACAUUGACCCAGAGGAGGGAAAUGUCAAUGAGGCUUCAGAGGCAAGUAACAAGAGCCUGAAAAAGGCUGUUUCUAUGGAGCUACCCAAUCGCAGCCCAAGCCCCGGGGCAGCGAAGUUAAGCCAGGAGGAUUAUGCCCUAAAACUGGAACUGAUGAGACAGCGGCUGCUCAGGGGAGGAAGCGUGGACAAGAAGAUGAGCGGCCUGCGAGGGCCCUUGUUUGAAACACUGGGCAUGGAAGAUGAGAGGCAGACAAGGUCUCUGGAUAGAAAUCUGAGGAGAUCCAGAGCAGGGCCGUCGACAGUCACCAGAGCAGCGUCUUCUGAUAGUCCUGGAGAGGACAUGCCAAAGACCAAAGUUUUUCGCAAAAGCGCCUCCUUCAGUCAGGGGGAUUCUGAACCCAUGCCGCUGCACCGCAGGUUUGGAGCACCAUUAGAGAUCCCGUCUGUGAGCAAUGAGAGCAUUGAAGGGAAAAAGCUCCAGGAGGCAACCUCAAUGUCGGCACUAACUGAGCUAACAACACUGGAGUCUACAUGUACCUCCCCCACAAUGAGGACUUCCUUUGUACUCCCAACACCAGGAGGGGACCAACAGCAAAAGCAGAGCAUUGUGAAAGUACACGAGGACAUGGAUGGGAUAACAGAGAAAAGGACCAAAAACCAGUUAGAAGUGGCAGAUAAAGUAGAACUCGAGUCUAGAUCACCCUCUGUAAUUACUCCUAUAAUUGUGAUAGAGGAAGAUGAUGAAGAAGAAGAGAGGAAGGAAAAUCAGCAGUUACAUAUUUAUGAAAAGGAUGUGAAGGGAGAAACACCACAAAAUAGUAAACCGUCAUCUGCAUAUGCAAGUGUCAUUCAAGCUGUUGCAGGGCCAGUUCAAACAUCUGACAAGGCCCAAUCCAAAGACCCUUCAGCUACAGCCAAGCCAAGCGGUACGAAGGGCGCAGAUACCCCUACGUUACCUGAACAUCCAGCAGUAUUUGCCAAAGUAGCAACUGCCGACCGAUCUCCUGGUUCUGUUUCCACAUCAUCAAAUCCUGAUCUUCCUGCCAGCCCCCGCCAGCCUGUGCUCAGAUCAGACAUCAAAGACAUCGACUCAGAAGAGGUCUUUGAAGCCAGGUUCAAGAAACGGGAGUCGUCUUUGACCCGGGGACUCCGAAAACUGACCAGAAAUAAAUCAGAAGAGAAGUCCCCGGUACUAAGCCGGAAGGCAGUCGAGGGGGGCGAAGAGGUUUACAGGCCGGGUCCAAGGGGGGCACCUCUUGAGAUGGUAUCCAAGGGACUACAGGAGAGAUCUAAAUCUGUUCAAGAUUUAAGAGGAGAAGAUAAGGAAACGGGUCUGGGAAUAAUCGGGAGGUUGUCGUUGCGGAGCAAAAGGUCAGCAUCUGUUGAUAAGAAGGGUGAUAAGCCAAAGGAGGAAAAGCAUCAGAAUGUGCAGGAAUCUGCUGUAAGCAAGAGGGUUUCAUGGGCUAUUGGUCGCAGUAAGUCCCUGGACACAAAGGAGCUGAACAGCGCAGGGGCACAGAGGCAGCUCGAGGAGAGAGAGCAAAGAAAAGCCGAGGAGUCAUCGGUUUCUGCCAUGAGACGCAAGUUUGAGUCCAAAGUGGCUGGAAUCUCUGCCAAAAUCAGGACACAGUCAGAGGAGAGAAAAGAUAAAGAUGUUGGGGGAAGUCAGAAAGAGCUGGUGCAAAAGGAUCUAAAGAAAGUCACAGAUUCCCCUGUCCUGGCAAUGCGGCACAAGUUCGAGAACAAAGUGGCAGAAAUAUCCACAAAAAUACGCAGUCAGUCCGAGGAGAGACAAGGAGACGCAGAGGGGAAGAGGACACCCCUGUUUACUCGCCACCGUCAUACCCAGUCAGAGGGGCGUGGGCUCAAAGGAAUGGGCAUCCCUGAGAAUCAGCUCGCAAAACAAACCGGUGCCGGUGCGUCCAAGGAAUCGAUAGAAUCCACGUCUAGCAUCCAUUCCGAAAAGGCAUCGGAGAGCGACAGGCGAUCACGGUGGGACAGGUGGGGUUUGACAAGGGGCAAGAAAGACAAAACGCCUUCCCAACCCGAUCUGCCCUCAUCCGUCUCCAAGGAGGAGGGUUUAUCAAAAAGCCAGCAGUUUAUCCGCUCCGCUUCGGAUUUUGCUCCGGUGUUCCACAUCAAACUGAGAGACCACAUCUUAUUGGAGGGGGAAACUGUAACUCUCAGCUGCCUUCCAGCCGGAAGCCCGCAUCCAGAAAUCACAUGGAUGAAAGAUCGGAAACCGCUGGAGGUGGAUGACAGAAUCAGCCUGGUCUCCCACCCAGAUGGCAGGCAGCUUCUUAUGAUCAUGAAGUCCAGUCGGAGGGACGCUGGAAUUUAUGAGUGUGUAGCUACCAACCCCAUAGCUACCAUCACCACCUCCUGUACACUCUCCAUAGCGUGUGUUCCAAAACGGCCGGGGACCCCUGAAGUCCCCCAGACUUAUAACAACACGGCCCUGGUGCUCUGGAAGCCAGCAGACACCAAGUCCCCAUGCACCUACACACUAGAAAGAAAAACAGAAGGAGAAUCUAAGUGGAUGACCGUAGCGACUGGAGUUGUUGAUUGCUACUACAAUGUCACAAACCUGCCACCAGAUGGCACCUUUAGGUUCCGUGUCUCCUGUGUCAAUAAGGCUGGACAGGGACCGUACAGCAACUGCUCAGCUCCAGUCCGCCUGGACCCAACAGCUGAAGGCGCGUCACCCGCUGUUGCCGUUGUGAAGACUGUCCCAAACCCACCUGAACCGGUUGUCACCUCUUCAGUCACCAUGCCUUCACUCAAAGCGGUCCAGAACAGCACUCCCAGGAUAACUGUCUCCACCAUCACCUUCACCUCCACCUCUGCAAAAGAUUCAGCCGCCCCUGUUGCGCUCCCACUUCUGACUACGUCCCCAUCCAAAAUGGUGGUCACGCCCGCCCGUCCGUCCUCUCUGCCUUUCAGUCCUACAACAAAUCCUUCAUCACCAUCUGUGGGCGCGACGCCCGAGGAGGCUCAAAAAAUGAGCUCCAAUCUUCCCUCUUCACCCACAGUCAAAGCACCUCCACCCUUUGUCCUCCCCAAACCCCAGAGUCCAAUAAACGUGGUGACCCCUAUGACCCAGACCCCACCCAUAUCACCCCCACCUCCUCUUGUAACACCACCUUCAAACCCCACAAAACCAGCAGUGGCGUCUGUGCCCAUGUAUGUCCCCACCACCACGGUCACUGCUCGUGUGGCCCCAACUCCCGUCUCCUUUGCCCCACAAGUGCUCCAGGCGUCCAGCCUGAGCCCCAUCGGUGAAGGGGCCAGUACCCCCACCAGAGGCACCCCAUCUGGACACACUAUGACCUCCACCGUUCUACGACAGGGGGUUCCACAGAAACCCUACACUUUCCUGGAAGAGAAAGCAAGGGGUCGAUUUGGAGUGAUCCGCGAGUGCAGAGAGAACGCAACAGGCAAAAUGUACAUGGCGAAGAUCAUUCCCUACAGUCAGGAGAACAAGCAGGAAGUCCUGAAGGAGUACGAGAUCCUGAAAUCUCUUCACAGUGAAAAGGUCAUGGCUCUACACGAAGCCUACGUCACACCGCGGUACCUGGUGCUGGUGGCGGAGUACUGCACCGGCAAAGAGCUGCUGUACAGCCUCGUGGACAGGUUCCGCUACUCCGAGGACGACGUGGUGGGUUACCUGGUCCAGAUCCUCCAGGGAGUCGAGUACCUCCACAAUCGGCGCGUCCUCCACCUCGACCUUAAGCCGGACAACAUCAUGGUGACCAACCUCAACGCCAUCAAGAUUGUGGACUUUGGGAGCGCUCAGAGCUUCAACCCUCUCAGCCUCAAACACAGGGACUCAGAAGCAGGAACACUGGAGUACAUGGCUCCUGAGAUGGUGAAAGGGGAAGUGGUUGGUCCUCCUGCAGAUAUUUGGACUAUUGGAGUUGUCAUCUACAUUAUGCUUAGUGGUCGACUGCCCUUUGAAGAUAAAGACCCUCUAAAAGUCGAAUCUAAAAUCCUGAUGGCGAAGUUUGACCCAGCAAAACUGUACACAAAUGUGUCCCAAAGUGCCUCUGCCUUUCUCAAGAAGAUGUUGAGCAGUUACCCAUGGGCCCGUCCUACUACACGAGACUGCUUCACGCACGCCUGGCUGCAGGAUUCCUACCUGAUGAAGCUGAGGAGACAAACGCUCACCUUCACCUCCAGCCGACUCAAAGAGUUUCUGGUGGAACAACAAAGCUGUCGCACAGAGGGCGCCACAAAGCACAAAGUGCUGCUGCGCACCUACCAGAGCUCGCCCCAGUCCCCGGCGUCUGGGACUGCACCGCAUGUUCCCAGCCCAGAGUGAAAUGAUGGUGGAAAUGCUGCACCAGACGUGACUUUGCAGAGUCUGAUCUGCACACAGUGAAGCAAAGUAACAACUUUUUCCAUCUCAAGUCCUCUGUGAAUUACCGCUGCAUGAAAAAUGUCAGCCUGCCAAGUGAGGCACAGGAAAACACACAGGGGACAGGCAGACAGCUGGAUAUGGCUAAAAUAUCCAAAGAAAGGACAGUCUGCGUGUUAUUUUGGGAGAAUUCAACAUUCAACACUAAUGGGAUUCUGAGAUGAAACGACAAUGCAAAGAGAAACGGAAAGAGAAGCGGACUGCCUGACGUCUGAAUUGUUGAAGUUCAGAACUGCUCAUAAAGUUUUAAUCCACUGAAAGGACACAGGAUGUUCUUUGGUUUUCUUUGAUUGCACAAUUUCUCAGUCAUAUUGUGAAUUUUGAAAUUGCACAUUAUUAUUUGGUUUAGAUGAACACUGGUCUCCAUUCUGCACGAUCAGCCACUGCGCAACUUUGUUUAUGUCACUAAAUUUAGUAGUAGACAACUCAUGUGAAUGUACCAUGAUUUAAGCUGCUAAUUAAUUUUUGCAUUUACUUACACUCAAAGCCAAAAAUAUUCUUUUGUUCUUGAAAUUGUUUACUUUUUCAUGUUAAUUUAUUUGCAUGUGUGUGUGUGUGUGUGUGCGCGCAAGCAUUUUUGAUUCACUUCUCGAAUUGGCGUCGAGGCAAAAAAAUAAAAAUAAGGAGUGUCUUUGUGAUUGGUGUUAGGAUUCACACAGUAAAAAUGAACUGUUUUAGGAUGAGCUAGGAAUUUGUGGUACAACUUCUUGUUCUGUGGUUAAUACUGAUCUCUAACUGUAAUACAACUAUGAAAAGCAGUCUGUAAUGUAGAUAACGUUUUAGUUUGAAAAGUCAUGCACACUGGUAAAUUACUGUUGUUUCUCAGUAUUGCCCAUUGGUUGGUCAGGUUGCUUGAAUCAUGAUCACCCAGUCAGUGCCUGAAUCGGAUUAACAUCCAAAAUAUUUAUCUUGUCAAUGCCUCCAUUGGUUCUAAUUUACAAUUGAAUUAUUUGAACAAAGCAAAAAUUUGACUACAAUAUUUGGACUUUACAAGAACAGACAGAUGCAUAUAGAUUCUUAAAUACAUGCACACAUUUAUACAUACAGUACAUGCAGUCCUUGUAAUAAUAGAACGUCUUGUGUAUUGCUCUAUCACAGUGUUCUUUUUUGUAUGAAUUUGGACGGUUGAAGAUUUGUAAAUGUACCAAUUUGCGGUGUUUAUAUGUGGAAAAGUUGAAAAUGUUUUUAUGAGAUAGUAUGUAAUAAACUAUUGAUACAA